UGAGAGACACAACCUGUUCCAUGGUUCUCAUGGCAGCUCACGUGUUCCCGGUGUGCGAGCGCAGCAUGAAGCCGGUGCUUUUCAGCGAGACCGUCAUGGAGAUUUUACUGCACAAGGCUCAGAACGGGACGAACCCGCGGUACGAGAACCCACGUGGGAUUACACUGUUACUGCUGCUGUGUCUGGUUCUGCUGCUCGCCGUGUGGAACCGCAACGACAAAAGGAGCUGCGUUCCAGGUCCCUCGUUUUGUCUGGGUUUGGGUCCCCUGAUGUCCUACUGCCGGUUUAUUUGGAUGGGAAUUGGAGCAGCGAGUAAUUACUAUAAUGAGAAGUAUGGAGACGUGGUGCGGGUGUGGAUCAGUGGAGAAGAGACGCUCGUCCUCAGCAGGCCGUCUGCAGUGUAUCACGUGUUAAAACACUCUCAGUACACGUCGAGGUUUGGCAGUAAAUUGGGGCUGCAGUGUCUCGGGAUGAACGAACAGGGAAUCAUCUUCAACUCCAACAUCACGCUGUGGAAGAAAGUGAGACUGCACUUCGCUAAAGCGCUUACUGGUCCAGGGCUACAGAGGACGUUGGAAAUCUGCACCACGUCUACAAACUCACACCUGGACAAUUUGUCUCAGCUGACAGAUGCUCAGGGACACGUGAACGUCCUCAACCUCCUGCGCUGCAUCGUAGUGGACAUUUCCAACCGUCUGUUCCUGGAUGUUCCUCUAAAUGAACAGAACCUGCUUUCCAAAAUCCACAGGUACUUUGACACGUGGCAGACAGUAUUAAUCAAACCCGACUUAUAUUUCAGACUGAAGUGGCUGCACAACAAACAUAGAAACACAGCUCAGGAGCUUCACGAUGCCAUUGAAGCUCUGAUAGAACAGAAACGAACUGAACUGCAGCAGGCUGAAAAACUUGACCACCUGAACUUCACUGAGGAACUGAUUUUCUCCCAGAGUCAUGGUGAGCUGACAGCAGAGAACGUGAGGCAGUGUGUGUUGGAGAUGGUGAUCGCGGCUCCAGACACGUUGUCCAUCAGUGUGUUUUUUAUGCUGCUGCUAUUGAAACAGAACGCAGAGGUGGAGAGACGCAUCCUCACUGAGAUACACACUGUAAUGGGUGAAGCGGAGCUGCAGCACUCUCAUCUCUCUCAGCUUCAUGUUCUGGAGUGUUUCAUUAACGAAUCUUUGCGCUUUCACCCUGUGGUGGACUUCAGCAUGCGUCGGGCGCUAGAUGAUGAUGUCAUCGAGGGUUACAGGGUGCUGAAGGGGACAAACAUCAUCCUGAACGUGGGGCGAAUGCACAGGUCUGAGUUUUUCCCCAAACCCACAGAGUUCAGCCUGGACAACUUCAACAAACCUGUCCCCAGUCGUUUUUUCCAGCCUUUUGGUUCCGGUCCUCGUUCCUGUGUUGGUAAACACAUAGCUAUGGUGAUGAUGAAGGCCGUGUUGGUGAUGAUUUUGUCUCGUUUCUCCGUGUGUCCUGAGGAAAGCUGCACUGUGGAGAACAUCGCACACACCAACGAUCUCUCACAGCAACCUGUGGAGGACAAACACACACUGAGCGUACGCUUCAUCCCCCGCAACACACACACCACAAACCGCAACCACAUAUAACUCCUCUGUCCUGAAGAUGAACAGAACUUACUGGACCAGUUGCAGCUUUACCUCUGACACAGUGCUAACACUGGACAUGUCACACACCACACACACACACACACACACACACACAGAAACUUCACCACAACAGUGAAUUUUAAUCUGUUUAUGUUGAGCGGAUAGUAAACAUGGAACAUACAAACAGUGAUGAGGUUAAAGUCAAAAUUAAGAAGAUCGAGUCAGAAAUUGUUCAAUUUUUUAUACUUUAUUUACUUUAAUAUUUAUACAACAUUAUAUUAAUCAUAUUUACACACCAAUCAGCCAUAAGAUUAAACACACUGACAGCUGAAGUGAUUACUGCUGAUGAUCUCGUUACACCUCUCAGGUGUGGGUUUAUUACACAAGUAAACCCUCAGUUCUGGAAGUUUCUGUGUAAGAAGCAGUAAAAAUGGACAAGUGUGAGGAUCAGAGAGACUCCGACCAGAACAAGCCGUGAUGUCUAGACGACUGGGUCAGAGGUUCUCCAAAUCAGCAGGUGUUCCUGGUGUGGUAAGAAACUAACAAAACCAGUGACCCAGGAACAUGUCAUGGAUGCUCAAGACUCGGUGAUCGUCAUGGGAAGUGAAGUCUGGUCCGUCUGUUCUUAUCCUACAGAAGAGCUUCUCUAGUACACAUUGUUCGUCUGGCUCUGAAAGUAAUGGGUCAGAUCACACAGAGCAUCACAGCGUGCUGCAAAUGGAGCUGCAGAGCAUCAGAGUGACCAUACUGAUGCCUGUAAUCUACCCAAAGAUCAGAACUGGACCAUGUUGCAAUGGAAGAAGCAGGGCUGGUCUGAUAAAUCAUGUUUUUUUUUACAUCAUGUGGUUGAAUGCGUGUGAAUGGUUUAAUGGUUGGAACACAACAAAGAGUUGAAGAUGUUGACAUGGUCUCCAAAUUCCCCAGGUCUCAAUCCGAUCCAGCAUCUUUGGGAUGUGCUGGACGAACGGUCCAUGUAGUCCGAUCCAAAUGACUUGGUGUCUGAUACCACAGCUGGUUUUAAUGUUAUGGCUGAUUGGUGUUUAUUUACUCAGCCGUCCUUCCACCUUCUCCAUGUUUCUCAUAAAGAAAUCAUUUUUAUAGAUAUAUUUUAUGUAAGUUCACAUAAUACUCUGGCCUGCACUGUGAUUAUGUUUGAAAACGUUUUAUAAAAUACUGUCAAAAUGAUGUUGUAUUUAAUUUUAUUUCACUGAAAUAAAAGAUCUGCUCAGUAA